AUGCAGCCUGUUCAACAUGCUCGAAUAAACCAAGCGAACGUGGAUCGGAAGCCGCAGGUGGCCCGCAAAAGAACGCCUCCCGAUCGCCUCGGCUCCCCGCACAUAAAUCGAAGCUCUUCCCUAGCUUCAGGCCUCUCUAGGCCGCGAUGUCUGCCCAAACUACACACCGUUCCCCCGCCACAAAUCAUCAAUGUCCUCAAUGUGGCAAGGCAUACGAGCGUCCAGACCAUCUCGCACGUCAUUUGGAUACUCAUCGUAACGAACGCGUCUUUCAGUGUCCGAAAUGUGAAAGAGGGUUCAAUCGCAGGUAGCAUAUCAAGCUCCCGCCUCAUCUCCAUUUGUUUAACGAAGAUCAGAGAUGUGCUGCAGAGACACCAAGCAGUUCAUGAGAAAGAAUCUGCAGAUGGAAAGGCCUCAAAUCGCAGGGCAAAAGAGCGUGCCAUCGCAGCGUGCGAAGCCUGUGCGACCGCUAAACUGAGCUGUGACAACGAAAGACCCUGCAAACGAUGCCGAGGAAAGCAUAUCCGGUGUGUUUCACAGGCAGCUAAGACAUCGCGUCGGACAAGCGAUCGGCGGACAUCAUCAAUAUCAUCACAUCCGCCUAAUCUCAAUGGUCAAAUAUCGAGUGGUCUAUUCGCUGGAACGCCGGACUCGGCUCUCUCCGAUUAUAACAUGCCCCCCGGAUCAGUCUCGUACUCAGGCAGUGCUCAUGACCCAUACGAAUCCAACCUCACGCAUGAGCUUUCACUUGAUACUUUCCUUCCUCGGGGAAAUUUACAGACGUAUGCAGCUCUCAAUAGCUUCCCAGCUUUCUUUGAGCAAGUAAUGCUACCAGGAUUGGAAUCCAAAGAUGUCUUUCAAGAAACCCAACAGCCUCGAGUCUUUGAUUUCAUGCACGAUACUGACUUUGCCCUGACUGAUAAUGACCUUUUCGGAACGGAGUUUAUUCCAGAUUUGGACAAAAUUCUUGACACUAUGGGACCAGUUCCCGAGCUUGAGGACCAGCAACAGUCUCCUCAAGAUGAUCAGGACUCGGCACGUCGACGAGCAGCCGCUUUUCAGCGGUCUCUAUGGUUGUGGGUACCGGAAAAGAAUCAACAUGCUUUCAGCGACGAAGGUAGAAUCCCCCUGAGGGAUAGCGAUAGUAUACCGACAACACAUCAAUCUCGUCUUGACGCGCUUCGAAUACCUGGAAAUCUUUCGCAAUAUGCGCGAGACGAUAUUUUCAAAUUGGUGUUAAGGACGGCAGGAUCAAGACUCUCUGUUUCGGCUUUCCCGUCUGCGGACUACCUUGAUAACCUGAUCAAAAUUGGGAUUGGAAAGAGAAUAGAGACAGACGCGUGGAUUCAUCCUUAUACAUUCUAUAAUCAAGAGUACCAACAAUUGCGCCCGGAAUUUCUUACCGCUUUGGUUGCUGCGGGGUGUGUCUGCUGCGGUCUCCCUUCUAUUAACAAGACGGGAAUAAUUCUCCAGGAGAUCACUCGAGUUGGACUGGCGCAGUUAGUAGAGGAUGACAAUAGUGUCAUACGUGAUCUACAGUACUUGCAAGCUUCAAUGCUAUGGUUAGACAUUGGCAUUUCUUGUGGCUUUACCCGGAAAAUGCAGAUCGCUGAGAGCUAUUUGCAACCACUGUCUACUGCUCUUCGAAGGGCAAUCACAUUCGACAAGUCAGCCUACACUCCGAUCACACCAUAUUUCGCUGCAGAUGACGCAGAAUCGCUGCAGAAGACCUGGCAUAAUUGGGUGCGACAGGAAUUAGUCUAUCAUCUUUUUGGUCACGAUGUGGAAGUUGCCAUAUCAAUGAACAGGUCCGCUCUUAUCUCAUACACAGAAUUGACGUUGCCUUUCCCCGCCGCUCGGGAUCUAUGGCUAGCUCAAUCCGCCGAAGAAUGGAAAGAGAUUUGGACGAGCAGAUAUGGUAUGACGAGAGGAUCUGAUAUGAGCUUGCGAGAUUUGCUAUCGGAUUCAUCUUUAAUCACCCAUGUUUCUCCUGAGCUCGAUACGGAGAUUGCCCGAUCUGCCCUUCUUCAUGGCCUGGCUAUUCAGGUGUGGGAGUUUCGCCAGCAAAACUUAUUAUCCCAGGGAUCGCAGUCAGCGUCGCGUGCUACUGCCCGUCUGUGGCUUCAAAGCAGACAGGAAGAUCUCUAUACAACGCUUAGGACUACCCAAAAUGAUUCCUCAGACCAACCACCCACCAGCACUCUAAUGCACGAGUUUGUCAUGAUGUACCUUCAUAUAGAUAUGGACGCAAUCCAGCGAUUUGUUGGCAGGAUGGGAGAACUAGAAGCGCGGCGCGCAUACCCAGGUCUACGGGGUUGGAGCCAUACGAAAGAAGCCAGGGUGGCCAUUUGGCAUGCUGGCCAAGCUUUCAGAGCAGCGCGAGCUGUCAAAGCAUAUCAACUUCGUGGACUUGACUCCUUGGCUGUUUACCAUGCUGCUCUCGUCUUGUGGGUCUAUGGGUUGCUGCAAUGUGGCGAGACAAGGAAGCUUGAGGUCGGUACUCCGAUGAGCGAGGGUGAAGCCGUGCCUAGAAUUCCUCUGGAUGGAUCCGAGGACCAGUUGAUCAAGGCUUUCUUGGCUCGCGGGAAUGGGCGGCCUGGAUUGACCAUGAACCACCACAAUGGAAACGGAGUGGAUCCGAAGACAUUCUGCGAACUGAGCAAGCCUCGUUUGGUCAUGGCCGUUGCGAGGCAAGUGUUUGAGGGGAAUUGUCCUCGUUCCCUACCGGAAGACAUUCUUCCCCCCAUGGUUCAGAAUCUGUGUUCCUUGAUCGAGGAACUUGGGAAUCUUCCAUAG